CAGAAAUCACUAUUUUGCGUACGAAAUAAUACUAACUGUGUUAACUACAUUUUAUCACAUUAUCACAAUUGUUUUGUUACUUAUCAGAGUUAAUUUAACACGGUUAUGUUUUGGUAACUUUUCGGCCAACUGGGGGAAUUUCGUGUUGGUCUGGUUUGAAAAAUGGCGCGCGGCUAACGUCAUUGUUGUGAUUCAUUAGAAAAACGCUCGAAAUGACUCAGACCGAGACUUUGGUCAAAUACACGGCAAUUUACAGGUGCUCGGAUGACAUCACCAACUUGAAAAUAAGAGUGAAGUUGCGCCAAGUGGGGAAUUUAACUGGUGAUAAUUCGGACGGAUGGGAACAGAAAGUGUUCGCUUGGCAACAGAAAUGUUUCAGCAAAUCAGAAAGGGAGUACUACAAGGAUGAAAAAAACUGUAUUACAGAUUUAGAAAAAAAGUACCAUUUGGAUGUCAAGGAGUCUCAUGCGGAUGCGAAAUUUGACCUAUUUUCGUACACGAAUGACGAUGAUUUUGUUCUAAAACACGAAAUUAAUGAUUAUUUCCGCGAAAAGUGCGACGAAAAUAGUCAGGAGUUCGACUAUGGCGAGUCGAUACGAGCAGCAGUCCGAAAUCCCAUUGGUCAUAAAUACGAAUUUGAGGUUAUGUUCAUCAUGGCGGACCUUGGCGAAUACAUCGAUUCGACGUGGCUUAGGGAGGAAAAAGUCUUAUGUGUCGUUAAAUAUGACCGAAAGUACAAAAUAUUAUCAAUUUAUCCCGACUUUACCAAAUCCCAGCCAUACUUGAUCCGACUCGAGGGCACUACAAUCCGAAAAUAUCAAUAUUUCCUUGAAAACGUUUCGACCCAAAUACCUGAAGAUGUUUAUCUCCGGGAAAAAGAACUAAUUCGAAAAAUAAAUGGUCACAAAACCGAAUUUUUGAAGUGUUUAAAUUUUAAACUUCCCGACAAAAAUAAGCUCGCCGUUCAUUUGUUCAUGGAAGUCUUAUGGGCGCGAUAUUUUGAGUAUGGACCAAUCUACGUCCAAUAUUUUAUCGACUUGCCGUCUGAUUGGUCUGUGAGUGACCAAUCGCAGCUCCAGGGCAUCACGCAAACGUGUCACGUCAGUGGGGAUGAGGGUUUGGCCCACUUUGGACACGUUUUUGAGGUUAUGUUAGAGUACAAUAUAGAGGAUUUGGCCAAAAAGGGCAUUCCCAAUUGUCCCUAUAUCUAUUUUGAGGUUAUUUCGAAAGACACUUGGAGUCGCUACAGGACCGAAGGGCUGACUUAUAAGGCGUUACCGGUAGCCAAACCGGGGAAUUACCAGUUUAACCUGCAAUGUUUCCGGUUAAUUCCACACGGGAUUUCCGGUCAGUUACGCCGGUUUUUUAUCGGGGAUUGUUCGAGUUAUGGCGACUUGACUUGGGUCGGCUUACCGAAAUAUUAUGAUGGAUCAGUUUUGAAUAAAUAUGGGACUAAUACGGUUGGUACUGGUCUGAUUAGUGUGAGUGUUCAUGUCGUCCACCAAAGUCAGGCGUUUCUGGAUAAAUACAAAGAAAAUUCAGAAGAAAAUUUGGAAAUUUUUGAAAAAUUGAACUCGUCGAGUUUGGUCAAAAGUGUGGAACAAGUGUUACAAGCAUUCAAAAGGGCACGGAAAAAUAUGAUAGCAGCGAGGAAAAAUUUAUAGUUGUGUUAUUUUAUUUUGAGAAUGAAUAAACGUGGCAACACUGUUUGGGAUAUAAA